CUUCACCACCUGCUUCCUGUCGCUCAUAACGGAGCAGCAGGCGUCCCGGCAGCCCCCCUUUCUCUCUGCUGACUCAGUUCCUUCGCAGCAGUCCUGUCCAUCCCCGACAACGAGCAGCAGCAGUAUCUUCCUCCGCCCAGCAAAGCAGAAAUGGCCAAAACCGCAAUUGCUUACAAGGAGAAGAUGAAGGAGAUUUCCGUCUUCUCGCUCAUCUGCUCCUGUCUCUACCCCGACAGCCGCAAAAAGACCCUGGGAGACUUUGAAGAGUUGGACAUCAAGCCGAUCAACAAGCGCGCGUCGGGCCAGGCCUUCGAGAUCCUCCUGAAACCGACGUCGCCCGUGUCGGACACUGCCCACUGCGUCACCUCGCCCCCCAAGAGGGACAUCUCCCUGGACGACAUUCAGAAGAAGCUGGAGGCCGCCGAGGAUCGCAGGAGAUCUCAGGAGGCGCAGGUGCUCCAGGCGCUGGCGGUGAAGCGCGUACACGAGCGCGACGUGUUGCUGAAGGCCAUGGAGGAGAACAGCAACUUCAGCCGCAUGGCCGAGGAGAAGCUCCAGCUGAAGAUGGAGCAAAUCCAGGAGAACCGCCAGGCCUACCUCGACGCGCUCAUGGAGCGCCUGCAACAGAGGGAGAGGCACGCUCAGGAGGUCCGCAGGAACAAGGAAUUGAGAGAAGAGGUGACAGCGUGAAGAGCUCCCUACUCACCCCCAACCGCCCCCCCUCCCCAGGUCUUUAGUGUCCACGCAACAAACUUCCGCCCUCCUUCCCUGGGUCCUAGUCCCCACCUUCUCUUAAAAACGCCACCAGUUCCUUCCUCUUUUCCAUACAACCACAGAGCAUUCCAAGACCGAGGCGCACACGCGGGAGGGUUUUGGUGGAAGUCUCAUUAAUAAUCACAAAAAAAACAUAAAUCAGCCACUCUUCAACCACAAACAAAAAUUGAAUCCGAUUGCCAGAAAGCAACAGCGGUGGUGUAAAUACUUUUUUUCCUUGUAUCAAGUACAAAUAGUAUCGAUUGUAGUCUGCCAUUUUUUGUCAUUACGUUUAUUUUUGUUGUUGCUUUGUGGCUUCGAUGUUUUGGUGGUGCGUUUGCAAGCUCCCCUUUCCGUCCCGCUAGUUAGCAUUUAUUGCUAAGCUAACGCAUAGCAUCCCUAAUCUCUUUCUUGAUCAGUCACACGCGUUUAGCAUAGCACACAGCUAAUUAGCAUUUAGCGACGCUGCAGAAGACAACAAACAGGAAUCCCGCCAUCUCAUCUUCUAUCCCACUUUAAGGAGCAAAUCACGCCUGAGGACGAACCCCGUUCGUUGGUCCCAUUUCACGUGCGUGACUUGAUGACCGUGUGUGUGUGUGCGUGCGCGCGUCUCUGCAUUUAUGUACAUCUUUGUCAAUCAAGCUGUGGUUAAUAAAGAUUUGGGGUUCACUGAAGAA